GCGAGGCCUAUUCGAGUAACGAGCCUUUUACGUCCCUAGAAUCUCUCUUCGUUUGUCCGAUGUAACGAUUGCCUUGACGACAUUUGAGUGAGCAAUACUGCCCACCUACGUUGCCAUCCCGACUUUCUCAUUUUCUUCAACUCUACAAUCAUCAAGCGAAUUGGGCCAUCCACUUGGCCACCAUAUCGUCACCAUGAAUCGCUUCCGGACGAAGAAGAAGGCCAAGGACGACUCGGCCCCACGUCCAUCCCAUGACUCGGAAUCCUCUACACCCUUCAGGUUGUUCGGCAAGAGCAAGAAAACACAGGAGGAGGAACCCAAGAAGGAGAUCGACCUUAGCACGGCAUUGCCGUCCAACGAUGACUUCCGAACCAGUUUGCUGAUGACCGGACUCUCAGCACGCUUCUCUAUGCUCAAGGAACAGGACGACCCGACCACGAAAAUUGGGAAAGCCAGCGACGAUAGUGUCCUCUUCCCUAAGCGCCAAUCGAGGUUGGACUUCGGCUUUGGACUGGGGGAUAUCGCCGAGGUAGAGUCAAUCCGGUCGAAACCGCCUUACGCUCGGAUAGAUUCGUUCCACUCCUCUGACGGUUCGACGUCAGGGAGCGUCCUGGACCGUGCCAAACCCACCGAAGGUAACAAUCUGUUUGGCGGUCGGCAAAAGAUCUACAAAAUUCCUGCCGGGAAAAAUGGCGACGGCGUCUUGCGGGGCAAGGCUCUCUACGAGGACGACGUCGCCGUGUCUUCCUUUCAGCGUUGGCGGCAAGCCGAGAAGGCCAAGUCAUGGCAGGCCGAACAGGAUGAACCGGACACGCAGGGAAAGCGCCAUGACCAGGAUGAGCAGCCCACCUUGGGUUCGGACGUCCCUCGCAGCGAAUCUCCCCACCCCGUCCACUACAAUAGGAAGCGCGAGACCAACUCGACGACAUCGUCCGCCCCAUCCGCCAAUCGGGACUCCACAGCAGCAACCUCCAUCACUUCCCAACCAACACCCUCCGUCAAGGACUGGCAAUCCGCACCGACCUCCAACUCGGCCACUGGCACUCCGGCAUUGGAACGAACCGUUACCAGGACGAGGCGGCUCUACGAGACUGGCCUGAUGAACGACUUACAGGAACAGCAAUCAUCCGCCCUCUCGAGAAUCGACACCCUGUCCCGACCCCGCCACUUUGGUGCCCGGACGCCUGAGCUAUCCAGUGGCCCCUCGCCGACGACCAAUCACAAUCUUUUCACCGAACGUUUCGGGGACAAGAAAGUCUUGGUAGGCAAAAGCAGCGUCCCGAAUAUGCGUUCUAUGAGCCCUCCCACGACAGGGUCAUCCUUGGGAACCAUGGACCUCGGCAUUCGGAUCCCCAGCGGUGGUGCUGAGAACAAGCCCUCGUGCUCGUCCAGCAGCGCCCCUCCCCUCAGUCCUCCCGUCAGCGAAGCUGAGGAGACGAGUCCCCUCCAAACCCAACCAAAUGAUCGCGGAAAGGCGAGCGCCCUCGGUAUCUUCCAGAAGCCCGCGCAUGCAUACGAUGAAGCGAAAUACGCGCAAAAACAGAUCCAGCUCCAACAAGGACGAGAAACCCCUACGAAUCGUUUCCGCGCCGAGUCUACAACCUCCUAUACUAAUACGGUGCGCUCGCGUUCCUCGUCAUCAGUGUACCGGCAACCUCUCGACAGGGCGGAUUCCCCCGCCGUGCACACCGAACUCACCGUCACGGAGGAGGAGACGGGCGCAUCUUGCGAUAGCGUGCAUGGUGUGGAGGCCGAGCGAGAUGACCCACCUCGCAGGCCGCCUUUGUCGCGAAAUGGCACGUCGUCGUCGUCUUCGCAGUCCAACCGGCCGCGCCCUUCCGAUCUGGAUCAUCCUGCUUUCCGAGAACCAUCUCGGCCUGCUCCCCUAUUGUUGCACUCGUCCAACGCACCAGAAGAGUCGUCAUCCGCUUCGGAGAAAGUUGAUGCGAAGGCGCCUGAUCACAGGUCUCCCGUGGACUCGCCAACCCUUGGUCCCGCCUCCGGUCUGAGCGGCAUCGUCCGCCAGCACCUGCGCUCCGACAGUGACGCGUCCUCGGUGUACGGCUUCCCGACCUCAGAUAGCGCUAGGACAUUCUACGACGCCUAUAUGUCCCAAGAUGCCAAGGCCGAUUGGGAUGCUCCGACUCGCCCAUCAGAUUCACAACCGUCCCAGCCACAGGCAUCUCUUGCAGGACACGAAGCCCAACUGGAAACAAAGCUCAAGGCGAUUCAAGAACGCCUCGACGAGUCGGCGAGACCAUCACCUGCCGCGACGCCACAACCGGGCGCAGGGAGCGACACUGAUAGAGAGAACGAAGACUUUGCAAAGCACUUGGCGGAUGGCGCACGGCGGGUGCGGGAACGACUGACGUCCUACGUGGGGUUGGAUAGCCGGUCGGUAUCGCCUCAACCACCAGAAACCCGCGACGGGCAGGGACAUCCCUCCCGGCCGAACGCGCUAAACCUGCUCAGGACCAAGUCGAGUCGCGGUUCUUUGGUCGACGGCAGCCGCAGCCGCGACCCUGAGCGCGAGCGUGAGCCUGAGCGUGAGCUCGAGCAAUGCCAGUCUACCAAGGCGAUGAAGAUGCUUGGCAUCGGCUUGGCCACGAUGAGCAGCUCCCCAAGUCCCAACAAGCGCAGUUUCGAAUUGGAGAGGGAUCUUCUGUCCCCGAUGUACGAGGAGGCCGAGGGCGCCCCGGUCGAACCGGAGUCCAAGCCGCCGUCCCCGCCUCAGGCCCAGCCCCAGAGCCAGCCUCCGACCCAGCCCCAGCCUCCGACCUCAACCCAACCUCAGACCCAACCCCAGACGCAGGCCGAGACUCAACUCCGGGCACAGCAUGACCCCCAGGCGGAACAGCAUCCCGAGGCUCCACCGGCGUGGGAACGGCGGGAAAUCGAGGAAGAGAAGAGCGAGGGGAUGCAUGCAGGACUGCGGGCUUUCCGACAGGCGAGGAGAGAGCUCCAGAGACUGAAGGAGGCGGAAAUCAGGCAACGUCGCCAGCAGCCUGGUGCACUGGCUGGCCAAGCUCCUGGAGCGCCUGGAGAUUCCCCGACUCCAUCGCCAGUGCAGUCGCCUCCCCAGCCUUUACCGUCAGGCCAGCCCCCGGCGCCGUCGGCCCAUGAGCAUCAACGUUUGGCGCAGCAAUCUCCUUCGCGCGAGCGGAGGCCACCACCGUCUUCCAUGAACUACCAGUAUCGAGUCCCGAGCGAAGAGGCCAGACGCAACGGGUCGCGGCCGCCAUCUCAGACGCAGCAGCGCGAUAGGAGUGGUUCCGAGAAUAGCGCCGGCAGUCGAUCCCGCAGUCGGCCCCCGGCACUUCGGAACCCGGCGGCGCCGUACGACGGGCUGUCUCCGAACGGCGCUCAGCCUCAGCCAAGGCUCAUGACACGAUCACCGGGGUUGCCGGGCACCGAUAUCAGACGGUCUCCCUUGAUGCCUUCACCCGGAUAUCAUGCUGCACAACACCCUUCUCCUGGGCAGGCACCAUCUGGACCUCUUCCCGGUGCCCCGUCGGGCUAUUUCGAUCGCUCGGUGUCGGGGAAUCUGAGAGGGCAACUCCAACCGCGUGUGCACGAAUCAGGCCAAGCAUCCCCGAUAUCGCCAAUCUCCCCUAUGCCAUCGCCGUACGUGACGCAUUCGGGAGCUGGCACACCGACGACGCUUGGGCCGUCAUCCCGCCGGCCCUCUGCGCCUCCUACGCCUAACCUAGACGUCUACGGCAACACAACGCAGCGUGUCGACGACCCUAUGCGGAGGACGGUCAGAAAGCGGGAUAUUUCGGAGCCCACGUUUGUUUCGAGUACAUCACGCGUUCCCACCGUCAAUCUUCCUGAGGAGCAACAUCGGGUGCGCGCAGGCAGCGGUACACUUGGAAGCUCUGCUUCGAACCCCAACCUCGAUGGGUCGGCAGCUGCGGAAACGUCGUCAACGCACGCGCCACCGUUGCCUCCGCUCAACCCCAGGAGGCGCAACAUGACGGGCCCCAGUCAACGGAGUCCCGACGAGCACGGUCUAGGCUUAGCUCCCCCCAGUCUCGUUCCCGGGGAAUCAGAUCGGAACAGCGCCUUUUCGCACAGUGACGACGAGGAUGCGCCGGUGCGUGAGCGGAGGAAGCUACGCAAGUCGCCCAGUGAGAUGGGCACGAUGAACGUGAAGGCUCGCCAGGCGCAAUUCGGGGGCGGCGUCCGGGCGGCACCGCCGCCUCUCUCGACGCCACCCAUGAACAGUCCCCGCAUGCCGGGCGGCAUGAUCUAGCCAGAUAAGUCGUCGGGGCGCUCUCCUCACACCGAGUAAGAAUGUUUCGAACCGGCAAAUGGCGUUUUGGCGGUUCAUGGGUUUUUUUUUUUCGUUUUCCUUUCUUUUUCCUUUUUUCUUUUCUUUUCUCAAGC